AGACAGCUGAUGAUGCAGGUGUAAACAUUGGAAUAUGAGGGCGUCAAGCAAAGGAACAUCGCAAAUAUAGUUAUUUCAGAUGUGAUCAGCUGUAAUGUGAAAAGGUUUACGGACAUUAAACACAUUGUUUUCAUGGAGUCUAAGAUGAACCGAAGCACAGUGCAGGAGGCCAAGCUGGUGCAGUGGGUUAAUAAAUAUGUAUUAACAUCUUGUAUGAGUGGCUUAAGUUUGGAAGAAUAUGAUUUGCUCGGAGACUCAAAGUACCGCGCCUAUGUGGCCGCGGUGGACAAGACGCUUCGCAACUUUGAAAAUACUAGUGAAUGGGCUGAUCUCAUUUCCACUCUGGGAAAACUUAAUAAAGUCUUACUAUCCCACAUGAAAUAUCCUGUGGUUCCUCGUAGAAUAACGAUAAGCAAACGAUUAGCGCAAUGCAUGCACCCGGCUCUACCAUCGGGGGUCCAUCUGAAAGCCUUAGAAACAUAUGAUAUUAUAUUCAAGUGUAUGGGAACCAACAGGCUCUCACAAGAACUCUUCAUAUACAGUGCAGGCUUAUUUCCAUUAUUUAGCAGUGCUGCAAUGAAUGUAAGAUCAGCCCUGUUAACAGUUUAUGAAACUCACUUUGUCCCGUUGGGCCCAAGACUACGACCAGGACUCAAUGGUUUCCUGUCAGGAAUUCUGGCUGGUUUGGAAGAAGGUUCUGAUCAUCUAGAAAGGACAUCACAGCUGCUAACAAGAGUUGCUGAAGGAGUGGGACAAGCAGAAUUCUUUGGCUGCUUGUGGGACUGUGUUUGGGGAAACUCAGGAGUGAGACUUCCUGCCAUCACCCAUAUUACAUCAUGCUAUAAUAAGAAAUUGUCCACAGAAGAUCAAUUGUAUAUCCUUGGCACAAAUAUUGAUGUUAUGGUCUCAGCAUUGUGUCAAGCAAUGGAAGAUAGUAGUGUCUUGGUGCAGAGAGCAGCUCUUGACCUGACUUUAGCUGCCCUACCCAUGCAUAAUACGCAACUGUUACGGCCAGAUCUGGUCAGAAUUGUCACUUCUGCCAUUUUAGUGUUACUGAGAAGAGAUAUGUCCCUGAACAGGAGGUUGUAUGCAUGGCUGCUUGGAUCUGAAAUCAACCUCUCACUCUUGUCUUCCGAACAUCCUGUUGUAAAGCGCCUCAACAGCGCUGUGAGUGACAGUAACACUGAAGAUGGAACCGAGGUCAAUGCAUAUUUUGAAACAUUCUCAAGACCCCUUUUAGUGGAAGGGGUUGUGUCUUGUUUGCAAGCCAGCCAGGGAACCAAUCCACCUGAUUUACGACCAUAUAGACUAAUAGUCUCACUGCUGGAUAAGCCAGAAAUUGGGCCUUUCAUUCUGGAUGACAUAUUUCUUGAUCUUUUAAGGUGCUUGUACCAUACCUGCCAAGUGCUUCAAGCCUCAAAUAACACCCCAUCAGAACCUAGUAGCAGAAGACAAAGCACAACAGACAAGCAGACCCCACCACCUCCUUCUCGCUCACCAGAUGGCUCCAAACCAGUAAUUGAGGGAAACAGGGGACUUCAUGAAGUUACUAAAACUGCCACUCUCCUGUUUAGUGCCCUACAACCAUCAUACCCUUGGAUGCAUCUCACAGGUUUACUUAGCAUGGCAUGUCAAGCCAAAGCUAGUCAGAUGGAUGGGGGUGAGAAAAAAGAUGAUGGCAAACUUGUUUUAGAUGUGGGUAGUUCAGUCAUGACAGUUUGCGAGAUUUGCACUCUGCUGCAACAUCUGUUGACAUCUCUUCCUCAUGAUACUCAGCAACAGACUCAAGCUUCAAGGCUCCCAGAGGUUUUGUCUACAGUUACCUCCCUUCUGACUGAACAUCUCAGCACUUUGACUGCUAAAGAACUCUCUGCAGGACUUUCUCUCUCUCAGGCAAUCUUACACAAACUCAUACCUUCAGUUACUUUGCCUCCAUCAGCAUCUCAGUCAAGGCCAGAUUCAAGAGCAAGCAUCACUACCUUUGCAUCCCUUCAGAUGCAUGCUCUUUCUCAAGUGUCUACUAUUCCUCGACCUCUACUAGUUCAAGAAGCUUUUGCAAGAGAGAGCCCUCCUUCAGAGUGUGGCAUUGUGCAAAUAGGAAUAGAGGCAAGUGAGGAUGAUCCAAAUAGUAUUGAAAGGAAGAAAACUGAAGACCUUUCAGUUGAUUCACUCACUGAUGAAAGUAAUAAUAAUGAGAAUUUAGUUGAUGGAGAAGCAGAAACAUCAUUUAUCUCAGUAGUCUCAAAUUCAUCAAUGGAGGACUCUGAGAGAUUGAAAGGAGAAGCUGAAGGUGAAAAUAAAGAAAAACAAGACAGUUCUGUAGAAAAGGAGAAUGAAAUGACUACCACAAAUGCAAUUAAACCUGAAAUAAGUGAGGACUUGUUUGAAAUUGACCAAGAUGGAGAAAUAGUAAACAGUAGUGAGGAUAAGCAUGCCAAUUUGGAGGAAGUCCCAAGUGAUUCAGGAGUUGACAUGGAAGAAAUACCCUCACAACCCACAGAGCUUGCACGAUUUUUAAUAUCACAAGAAGCAAGUGAGGAUGAGUAUGAAAGUGCACCUCAGAGUCCUAGUCAUCAGGGCUCAAUGCCAUUAUAUAAUUAUGUUAAAGUAUUUGAAAAAUUCUUCUUGCAGUUUAUCCAGAAAAAAAUUAUUCUAGAAAAUUCAAAUCUAGCUGAUUUUCAGAGUGCUCUCAGUAGAUCAGGAAAUUUGCAAAUGGACAGUCUAUCAGAACUGAAUUAUUUGUUGAGAGAAUGUCUGCAGUGCUGUGAAAAUAAAGUAGAAUCCACACAGUCUUCUCCAGUCAAAAGUAAAGGAAAGAAGGUACAGUCAUCCCCCUGGUCAUCUCCCUCAAGAGUAUCUACAUCCUCUUCAGGCUUUUCACAGAGUCAGAGAGAAAUUACCGACUUCACUUCUGUCCUGCAGUUGCACCACAAAGCAGAUGAACAAUUUGAAGUCUUCAAGGCAGCUUGUAGCAUAUUGGUUGACUUGUCUUCACUUCCUACAACUCCUGGACUCCCUCUGAACAGGCCAAGUAAUCAGAUUCCUCACUGGUUUGUUGGGCUCAUAGCAUGUGUCAUCAAUGGGAGUCAAGUCUCUCCUCGCUUUGUCAUGGCAUCUGUGUCUACUCUGCUGGAGUUGGUGAUGUUGGCGCAGUCUGAGCUAUCCGUAUGGAGGAGUGAGCAUGAACUUGGGUGCAAAGGAGGACCUGGGGUUGUGUCAGUUAAUAUAAUCCCUCUACUCCUACCAACGCAUACCCAUAUCCUCCUUCAUCAUACUACAGUUUAUCAACACAUGGCAAGACAGCUUUGGAGUCAUUUGAGGCCAUCAAUGAGUCACCUCCAUGUAGGUAGCACAGAGCUUCUCCUCCAGCUACACAACUUGACUCUUCCUCGCAGCCCAAGUGUAACACUGACAUCUGCUCCGCCUCAGUCCCCUAUGUCAGUUGUGGAGAGGGAGAUUCUUGCCACUCUCACUUAUACAUUGCAGGUACCUGUGACUGAUGAGAAGGAGAGUGGGGUACUAUGGAGUCAUGAAGGCAUCAGGGCAGAGUAUGACAGUGUUGCCAUGCACCAGUGGAUGACGCUGUGGCAGGUAUCAAGAAACUUAUCUUCUGGUCUUGCAGGAAAUUUCCCAGGGUUUGACAGAUAUAGUACCAUGCUGUACAGAAAUCUGUGCAACAAGGUUAUGUUGAACAUCCAGACCAUUCACUCAAAAACCUUUCCAAUCAGUAGAAAUGCCGAGAGCCAGAGGUGGUGUGAAGUACAAUCCAUAGAGAUCGUCAAAGAAUUCCGUUGGUGUGUGGUGAUGAUGGGUUUGAUGGUAGUAGAAGUGGUUCAGAGAUGGUGUCAGACAGAUUUCAAGGAUCUAACCAUUGUCAUCCUUUCAGGUACGUGUAUCGAUCAUAUGCAUAAUUUCUUUGCAUUCUUAUAUCUCUUGCCUUUCUCUUAUACACUCUACGUCUCUGAUAUUGUAUAUUGGAAUAAAUAUGAUCGUGCAGAUAUACAGAGUACAGAUGACAAAUACUGCGAAUUAAGAGACACAAAACCGGAGCUCAGCUGGGAAAUAUCAACGCUGGUCAAGACCACAUUCCAUCAGCCAUGUUCAUGGAAGGAUAAUCACAAUGUGAGGCCACUAGAAACAAGCAAUCAUACUUCACUAGUUUUGACGAAUUGUGGAAUCGGCAGGGCUGUCAUCAAAGCUUUCAGAAAGUCAGGCAAAGUACAAAUGCUGUGUCCUAAGCCAAUGAGUUCCUUAACCGUAUACAACAACAAGAAACCAAAACAGGAAGUAUCUGGCAAGUUGCUAGAGUGCUGUAGUAGCAUCGCAGGUUCCUGUCUUGAGGCUACUACAUGGUUAAGACGAAACCUUACAGUCAAGACUGAUACAACAGAAAAGAAGGAUGGUAUGAAUGAUGCUUCAGCAUACAGUGUAGCAGCACUAAGUGUCCUUGCAGAAUUAUUAGCCCCUCUACUAGAUGUACUGUAUGUUAGUGAGGAGAAGGACAAGGUUGUUCCUCUGCUUACAAACAUCAUGGCUAAUGUUGUUCCAUAUCUGCGUAACCAUACGCGGUCAAACAUGCCUGCAUUUGCUGCAUGUUCUCAGCUACUGUCAUCGCUGUCGGGUUACCAGUACACUCUCCGAGCUUGGAGACGAGAUGUUAUCGAUCUUCUCCUUGACCCACAAGCAUUCAUGAUGCUUCCACCUAUACUGACAUACUGGCGGACUAUUGUAGAUUUUCUUUGCACACAUGACAAAACUGUGUUCAAGGAAUUAUUGACUCGUGUAUCCAUGUCCCAAGGAGGAUCACUAAGUCUCUUCUCUAGUAAGGAGUCAGAAUAUGAAAUUAGAGCAGGAUUGCUGAAGAGGCUGGCAUUCACCAUCUUCUGUUCAGAGACUGAUCAAUACAUGCGACACAUACCAGAUAUUCAAGAACGUUUGGCCGAAGUGACCCGGUUAGGCCAAGUGGUGCCCUCCCUCGUGGCCCAAGUGCUACUGUGCUUCCGUGUCCUUCUCCUGAGGAUGUCCCCACGUGGUGUGACCUCACUGUGGCCUGUAAUCAUAACAGAACUGGUGCAGGUGUUCCUCAUGAUGGAACAAGAACUAGCUACUGACACAGAACAGUUCAGCAAGAAAGGGGGCAGUUCACACCUGAAGCGCCUUUCUACCUUAGAUUCUUCAUGGGUUUUUAGCUCUCAGAAUGGACUAAAUGCUCACAACCAUCCUGCAUGGUUGACCUUGUACCUAGCAGCAUGUAAGCUGUUGGAUUUGAUGCUUGCCCUUCCAGCCCAGCAUCUGCCACAAUUCCAAAUGUACCGAUGGGCUUUUGUUGGACCAGUUCCAACAACUGACGUGGAAGAGAAGACUGAAGGAGCUGGUAACAUCCUACUGAAAAGUUGUGAUUUUGUCCCUCAUAUUGCAAGAAUUGCAAAACUUAUGGCAGAUAAGCCUGGAAGUGGAAAGAAUAAAAUGCUGGAACACCGUCCUGGGGAACUGCUGCUGAAGAUGUCCAGUAUAUCAACCCUUCUAGAUCUGCAGCCCUUCUUCAACACCCUCACAUCACCAUCAUUCACACCGGCAGCAGCCACAAUCGGACAAUCUCCCCCAGGGAUCCUUUCAUCAUUCCCCUCCUCCACAUCCUUGCCUAGUUCAGGGCCUUCAUCUGUCUCAGGCACUUCAGCCACCCCCAACUCCAGCCUAGCACACAUAGAGGCUGUCAUUGAGCGAGAUUUCCUGGAACCCCUUCCUUCGUAGGCUUUUUCCUAGGAUGUCUUAUUCUGAAUUAGUAUGUGGUGUUGCUGUAUGUCUUUGUAUAAAUACUUGUCUGGUCACUAUGUUAUCUUUUGUUUGCUUUUUUUAUGCCAGUUAAGUGAACUCACAAAAAACAAUAGAUAUAAUAUUUGUACAUGAAAUUUGUUAUUGUUUGAUUUUUGAAUAGCAAAAUCCCAUAGAUGAUGUUAUUAUGUAUCAAAGUUAUGUUCUAAAGAAAAGCAUAUAUUAGAGACUGGCUCAAUAUUACAUCCAAAUUUUAUUUUAUUCUUUAGGCCUUUAUAGAUAAUUCUUGUAAGAAGAAACUAUAAUUUAAAAAAUAGUACAUGUAUAUGAUACGCACAUAUAUCUAUACAUAAUAUCUUCUCUCCUUAGGUGUCAACAUAGAAUUGCUUAUUUAUAUUCUACUAAAUAUACACAAAUGUACCCAUACAUUUCUACACAUAUCCAGUUACACAUAGAAACGUACCAGUAUAAACACCACUAAAGGCAAAAAUAUAUGCUUGUAACUGUAGUUUAAUAUUCAGAGCAAUCUGAAGAGAGCAUUGCUUGAUACAAAAUGGAUAUGUAUAAUGAUAGGAUUCCUAUCAGUUUUAACUCUUUGUAGAAUACAGUUGUUGACAUAUAAACAUAUGCUUUCAUGCAAAGAGAAAAAAUAACUAGAAAUAAAGUGCAUUCUAAAUGGCAGCAGCUAAUAUCUCAUACAUUUUAUCUGCAGAUUCUGAUGCAGAUAUGUAGGCUGAAGAAAUGGGAAAGCACAAUACAAUAACUGUCUAAACACUAUCACAUUAUGGUGAGCUCAGUUUUAAACACUGUAAAAGACUUUUUUUGUUUCUUUUAGUUGUCAUAGAAAUAAAGACAAUAAUUGUUUUCAAAGAAAUAGGCAUGACAUGUGAGAAAGGAAAUUUUAUGGAAAACAUAAUGUAGCCAUUUCUACUUGAUGUUAGUUAUGGAAUCCAUGCUGACAGUUGUCAUGCAUGAACACAGUACCUUCAUUUGCAGAGAAUGAUAAAGAAGAGGAAUGUAUAUAGACUUUGUGGAUUUCCUUUAAUAUCAGUUUGCAAAUUUUUUGUGUGAGUGUUGUCAGAAUGGGCUUACAUUUUAUUGCAUUUUUAUUUUGAGCUUGUGUUGUAUUUGGCUGUGAGCUUCAGAAAGAGACUUUUGAUGACCAGGUGCCUUAUCAAUAACUGAUUAGCUGCACAGAUGUCUUUUAGUACUAAUUGUAAGCAGUUUUUGGGAGGAUCGUUGAGAUGUGAAACUUUUUUUUCUAGGAUGUGAAUGGAAAAUCAUAGUCUGGUUUUGUGUACACAGACAUGAUUAAAAAAUAAUAUUGAAAAAUCAAGUUUUCAAAAGUUGGUUUCUUUAGAAAUAGAUAAAUCAUGACCUAGAUGUGGGUCAUAAUUCAUGUGAAUAUAGAAUAUAUUUUUCAUUUACUGGACCUUCUGUACUUACAGGAUUUACAUUUUUUUCUGCAUCUACUGUUAAGCUGAUCCACUUUCUGAUUUUAAGAAAAAGUACUUUAUUACUAUGAUGCUGACAGUAACUUCAAUUUAUAAUGUGUAACUAUUAGAUAUGAAUCAAAUAAUGGAUUGUCAUGGAAUCAGUGCAGCAUGUCAGUAAAAACUGUCACAAAUUUAUUUGAGUUGGGGGGCCUUUUAGGAUUUUUUUUCUAUAUUUUACUUAAUCCCCAGAUAAUAAUUUUUUAUGUAUGUUUAACAUGAUUUUGAAAAAGGAUCUUGUGUAUCUUCCUGGUUCACAUUAACCUUUCCUUUCUCCAAGUGGCCUUUCAUUCAUAAUACUACACCCACCAAAGGCCCAACUGUUACCCUAAAGCAGACUGAAGUUUAUUGAUGGUUGGCAUUUUUUUCUUUCUUUUUUUUCUCUUUAAAGUUCUUGUUACUGUUGGUGAGAUUUUCAAGUACUUUUGUGUGUGUGUUUCAUCCUAGUCAGCACUUGAUGAAGAGAUGUAGAUGAUAAUUUUAUUUCUUGUUUUAUUGCUCUUGAUAGUAUGAUCUUGCUUGAAAGUAUGUAUAGUAUGUACAUGCCAAAUAAUUUUCAGAUAUGCAAUAAAGUAUCUUCACAUUAAAGCUUAUUAAUGAUGUUUAUGUAAGAUGAUAGCUAUAUUCCUUGUACAUAUCAUUCCAGGAAAUGAUAUUUUCACUAGAGAUUAACAGUUAUAUCCCAAGAGAUGUACAUUUGAGUUAGGAUUGCUACUGUUCCUCAUUAUCUAUCUAAGCACUUUCAGGUUUCUUUGGUCCUAUUAUGUCUUUUUUUAGUGUAUUCUUUCUUGUACUUUAUAUGUAUCAUGUUCUUAUCCCAUAUCCUGCAAGUAGGAUUCAAUGCCAAAUCAUAUGAAAUAUUUUUUUCCUCUGCUGGUAUGGCAGAUGAAUCACCUAUAUUGAUUGGUAUUAUAGAUAUAUGAACACAAAUCUUUAAAGAUAGAAUAUUUUGUAAAAAAAAAUGUUAGGUGAGUUUUCAUUUUAACAAAUUUGGUUAUAAGCUCAUUAAAAGAUCCUCUUCCAGAGUGUGUGAUGUAAAAUGAUACAGUACUAGGGUUCCCUUGGUUAUGUCACAUAUAUGUUUAUUGUUACUGUAUUACUAGAACUCAAUAGUUUAUUUAUUCUUAAAACUACAAACAUUGAUUGUGUAAAUAUUCAUAAAUGCAGACAUGUGCAAUUUGUUACAGGUAGGACAUAGAUAUUUAAGUGCAUUAAAGGGCUUAGGUUACUGCAAUAAGGAAACUAACAUUGGGAUUAUUCUGCCUCAGGCAUAUUGUACCAGUUAGGUGAAAGUCAGAUUUUCUUUUAUACAAAAUCCAUUUUUGCUGUUUGUGCAAUAUAUAGCAAGUAUGAAACUGACUUAUGAUCUGAUAUCUUACAAAAAUUAGGUGUUUAUUAAUUUAAUUUGCUCUUUAUUAUGUAUUUAUUCUAAUUUGUAAAUAGGCAGAGGUACCAGUUUUAGAUAUGUUUGUUACGUAUAUAUAUAUAGUACCCUAUAUUCCUGGAUCUGAUUACAUGGUUAAUCUGUAAGAUAUUUCAUCAGGUAACAUACUAUUAGGUACCACAUAACAAAUUAGUGAAGAGUAUUUCACUUGCAGUGUUAGGUCUUUGCAUUUCUUGGUCAUGUAAGAAAAGUUUUGUUUGAUUUUCUACAGCCUUCAGAACUGAUUUCAUGAAUAAAUGGGAGUGCUGUUGAGAGGCUUUCAUUUUUAUUUGCCAUACAGAAUUAUUUUGUUAUGAACACUGUUCUAAAAGUGCAUCUUACAUUUUAUUGAUUUCUUAUUGUACCAUGUAAAUACACAGCAAUAGUUUCCUAUUGUUAGAUUUACUCUUACUUUUAUGUUUUACUUCUUCUCAUAUAUAAUCUUUUGAUUUGAGAUUGGUUUGUUUGAUUGUAUACAUGCCAUAGGUAUACAUAAGUCUGAUCAUACAAUGAUCAGUACAAAGUAAUCAAAGUAGAAAAAUCAGAAUGAAAAUCAUUCAAGUUGAUAGUGUAAUGUAUAAGUGAUAACAUGUAUGAUCCUUGUGAGAUGUGAAUUUAUAUCAUGUGGUUUCAUAAUUAUAAUAAUUAUGACUAAAAGGAAUCAGUUUGAUAUUUUGAAAUGCAAAGAAUGUUGACCUCCCAUUUAUUUACAGUAUUUCCAUAAACAAAAUGCCUUAGCAGUUGACUGAGCAAAAAAUGUAACCAUAAACAUUUACAUGCUUUACAUGAAUUGUUCAUUUUAUGUGUACUAUGUAUAAACAGUAUAUAUUCCUUUUUAAAAAUCUCGGGUCAAACUCACCUACACUUAUUUUUUAUCAGUAGUUAGUGUCAGUGAAGUUUUAUGUUACUGAAUGCAACACAGAUAUGAGAAUUUGAAAAUGAUUACCUGUAAAUUGGCCAUGGAAACGUCUUCUGAUCUUGCAGAGUGCAACCCUUCAAAAUUAAGAGUGUGGCUUUCUGAUAAGCGUGACUUCAAGACUUCUGUCAUAUUUUAGUAUGCAAGUUUUGUUUAUUUUAUUAUGCUAUGAUAUAUAUAUGAUACUUUUUUCUUCUUUCUAUAUAUAUAUAUAUAAAAGAAUGAUGUUUAUUCCUGCAGAAGAUUGAUGUAUGGCUAAGACUGGUGAUGGGAUAAUGUGAUAAUAAGUAUAUUUUACAUGUAUUGUCAUACAAGAAAUAAAAUGUGAUAAUGUUGAAAAUUUA